AUGGAGAAAGACGAGAACAGCAAACCCAUUUUGUCGGAGCUGGGCAGGCCUCGACGAUACAUAACUGACCACUCUGCUGAUGGCAAGUCCGUUUUCAGCAAUACCCUCGAGGAAGAGAUUCCGUCUGUUGCCUUUCAUGGCACAAUCAUCUUUGACGCAUUCGUAUCUUCGCAGACACCGGUGGAAAUGAAUGGCGGUGCUGAUCUGAAAGCCAUGCAAGAAAUGCCCCAACUGGAAGGCCACGUGCGGAAGGAUGUAACAACUGUGCGUGUCGUGGACUGGCUUCCCGGUCAAGUGGCGAUUAUGCACCGAUCCGUGUCGAUCGACUAUGGGGUACUGAUAUCUGGUGAACUGGAACUCGCCUUAGAUUCUGGGGAGUCACGACUCUUGAAGCCGGGCGAUGUUGUCAUCCAGAGAGGCACGAAUCAUGCCUGGAGGAAUCCUCACCCAACGAAAACGGCGAGAGGGUUAUUUGUGACAGCUCCAUGUGUCCCUCUAGUGAUCAACGGAAAUCAGCUGGACGAACACAUAGAAUGGCCCGAGACGCCAUCAGUCUAG